AUGCCCUCAGACCCGUCGAAGACUAGGAAGGGUGAAGAUGAUGGAUCAAGUUGGGCGCACCCUCUGGAGGAAUUGAAAGCCCAGCAACGUGUAAUACGCGCACCUAAUCUCGAAGACCCGGGCUACAUUCGCCAGAAGGCGAACAACAAGCUCUGGGUUCGUGAACGGAUCGCCGCUCUCUUGGACCUAGAUUCCUUUGUCGAGGUCGGCUCCGUUACAGGAAAGCCCGCAGUGGACGACAAAGGGGAUCUUGUCUCGUUUACACCAGCAAACUCUGUAACAGGCUUUGGACGGGUACGCGGUCGUAAAGUGUUCGUCACUGCAGACGAUUUCAGCGUGCGAGGCGGGCAUGCUGACGGGGGCAUCGGAGUGAAGGCUCCAUACGGAGAGACAUUAGCAUUGAGAUACAGGGUGCCCUUGAUCAGAUUACUUGACGGUUCUAGCGGAGGAGGCAGCGUCGCGCUUUAUCUUACCCUGGGAGCAACCUACAUCCCAACCCUCGCCGGACUCGGCAGGAGCAUGGACGCUAUGGGUGUCGUUCCUGUCGUAUCAGCUCUUCUCGGUCCAGUCGUCGGAUUGGCCGCUGCCAAAGCCGCCAUCGGGCACUUCAGCGUCAUGGUAAAAGGGCUGAGCCAGCUCUUCGCCGCCGGCCCCCCUGUCGUCAAACAGGCAACCUUCGAAAACCUCUCCAAAGAAGCCCUGGGCGGGUGGGAGAUUCACGCAACCAACGGAACAGUCGACAACGUCGCGACCUCCGAGCUGGACGCCUUCCUCCAAAUUCGCGCGUUCCUCUCCUACCUACCCUCAUCGAUCUUUGAAAUGCCACCCGUGUCGACUUCGAGCGACUCUCCUGACAGAAGAGAGGAAGGGCUUAUCAGCAUCAUCCCGAGGAGGAGGGCACGCACAUACGAUAUUCGGGUUUUGAUAGACAUGGUAGUGGACAAGGAUGGGAACCCGUACUCUGAAAAGUCAUCGUUCUUUGAGAUCGGCGCCACCUGGGGACGCUCCAUUGUUGCAGGUUUCGCGAGGUUGAAUGGACGACCUGUUGGCAUCCUCACAAGUGAUUGCAUGAUGAACGGAGGUGCAAUUGACGCCCUUGGAAGUCAGAAGACGGCCAAGUUCGUUACAUUGUGCAAUCACUUCGGCCUUCCGAUUCUGAACCUCGUCGACCAGCCAGGUUUUGCCAUUGGAUCUAUCGCCGAAAGAAAUGCCACGAUCAGACACGGCGCUUCCGCGAUGGCGGCCCUCUACCAAGCGACAACGCCAAUCUACACUGUUAUCAUUCGUCGAGCAUUCGGAGUCGCUGGAGGUGCCUUCGCUGACCCGGAUGAUGGCUUCGGAAACCGUGUGGCUUGGCCUUCAGGCGAUUGGGGCAGUCUUCCCCUGGAAGGAGGCAUCGAAGCAGCGUACAAGCGGCAGCUAGACGCGACUAGCUCGCCCGAAGAGCGAGAGAAGUUGAUGAACGAGCUCCUAGCCAAGUUCGAAGAAGUACGCAGCCCGCUGAAGACGGCGCACAAAUUCGGCGUUGAAGAGAUCAUCGACCCCAGGGAUACACGACCGCUGGCCUGCGAGGUGGGUGGCACUUUCGCUCCUUUUGGGUGA